AUAGCUGAUAGCGAUCAUAAAAUCAAACCUUCAGGCGCCUCAUUACGUUCACGAUCUGCUGCGCCUAUGUCGGCAUCUUCUUCACCAUGCCUCUGCGCCGCCUCUAUAUCCUCAAGCUCAGGCUCACCUUCCCAACCUCCAUCGCCACUGCCUACACCAUCCGUUCCCUCCAUGUCGGCACGCAUGCCGCCGCCAUCGCGCGCAAGAAGACAUGGGCGCUCGUCAUCUCGUUCGCGAUCUCCAUCCUCUGGCGCGUGGCGAGCGAGUAUGCACCCGGAAUCAUGUGGGACUGGCACUGGAGCUGGUGGUUCUAUCGCGCGGGGUGGAAGUGGAUCAUUUGCGCUGAGAGCUGGGGAUGGGUUUGGGAGUGGACGCCUGCAUUCAUCGGUUGCGGCCUACUCGUCCCGAUGAACAGCUCCGUCUCAUUCGCGGGCGGUGCAUUGCUCGCAUGGGCAAUCAUCGGCCCCGCGCUCGUCGCUACCGGUAAAGCCUUCGGCGAAUCCUACUCAUCCCAGUACCCUGGCUAUAUCGACUAUUCGAACAUGGUGCUCAGCGACCCCGUCCACAGGCCCUCGCCCGAGUACUGGAUGAUCUGGCCCGGUUGCCUCCUCCUUCUCACCUCCAGCGUUGCCGAGAUCGCCGCGAACUACAAAAUGAUCAUUACUGCGUUCGCCGUCCUCCUCGAGCCUGUGAUGCGGCGGCUGCAUCUGGGCAAGGAGCGUGUCGAAAAGGAAGAUGGAUUCUAUGACCCUGUCCCGGAGGACCAACAAACGCCGUGGUGGAUGUGGGUCGGCGGGCUUGUCGCGAGCACGAUCCUGACGAUGUGCGUGAUGAAGUAUCAGUAUGGCCAAAAUCCCGGUAUCACCCUCCUUUCAAUCAUCUUCGCAUUUAUCUUCUCCCUCGUUGGCGCGGAGUGCAUCGGACGCGUGUCCGUAAACCCGGUGACUACUCUUGGCAACUUUUCUCAGCUCAUUUUCGGUGGGAUCUCCAAAGGAUCGGGCCUCUCGCCCACCAAGAACGAGCUCAACAACGGGCUCAUGGGCAUGAUCACCCUCGCCGCUGCGGAACAAUGUUCAGACAUGCUCUGCGACCUCAAAACGACACACCUCCUCAGCGCAUCGCCCCGCGUGCAGCUCUACGCACAGUGCUUCGGUGCGCUCAUCUCCAUCUUCCUCUCCACCGCGAUGUACGUCGUCUUUUCGAAGGCGUACCCGUGCAUCAACACGCUCUCAAGCUCGAGCUGUGCAUUCGCCGUGCCCGACGUCAAGUCUUGGCGUGCGGUCUCCAUCGCUGUGUCCGACUCGAGCCUCCCUGUUCCCCUCUCGUCCGGUAUUGUCGCGCUCGUACUCGGCGGGCUCGUGCUCGUAUGCGCGUACGUGAAGUACCGCUAUGUCCCUGCAGAGAAGCACCAUUGGUUCCCAAACUGGAAUGCGGUGGGAAUCGCAUUCGUACUGGGGCCGAGCAACACGUACCCCGUAGCGAUGCUGUUUGGGAGCAUCAUUGCUUUCGUGUGGAGGCGCCGUUUGCCAAACGCGUGGUUCGUCUAUGGCUACGCUGUCGCUGCCGGAAUGAUCGCGGGAGAGGGACUUGGCGGGAUCGUCGAUGCUGUGCUGGAGAUCGCCAAGGUGUCUGGUUCGGUGUACGGCACAAGCGUUGGGUGUCCGAUGAACGAGUAUUGCGGAUGAAUUUGCUGCGUUCGACUGCAUAGAUCUUGAAAUGACCAUUUGUAACCGUACUCCCAAGUCGCUGCUGUAUUCCACGAUCGUAUGCAUGAACCGAUGAUACACGAUGUAACUCACCUGAAAUCACCUCGCCGCUCUCGUAAAUGCG